GGUUUGUUUGUUGUUAUUGUGUUGCAGCAAAAUCACCGAGAAUGCAAAGAAAUCCUUGGCCUCUCUUAAGAGAGAAAGCCCUCGGCUUGAGCCAACCCUUGCCAUUAUUCAGGCACAUAAUGAUCAUCUGAUUCAAGAAAUAAACAAGAACUUUGCCAAAGAGGUUGGUUUACAUGUUAUUCACGUCUGUCUCCCUGAAGGCAGCAGCAAGGAUGAGAUUGUCAAUGAAAUCUUGAGAAUUAAUGAGGAUCCUAACGUGCAGGGCCUUGCCCUUGAUCUCCCAGAAAGCUUAUGUAGCAGCAAGGUAUUAAACGCUGUGAAACCAGAGAAGGAUGUGGAUGGAUUAUCCGACGUAAACCUAGGACGCUUGGUACGUGGUGAUGCCUGUGACUGUCUGGUUCCUCCUACAGUGUGUGCUGUGAUGGAGCUUCUGGAAGAUUUAGGUGGAAAGAGGGUGCUGCUGGUGGGAGCCGGCGGGGCAGUGGGUGCUGCUUUGCAGUGCCUGCUGCAGAGAGAAGGAGCAGCGGCUGUGAGCUGCCAGUGGGGAGCCCCUCAGCUGCAGACCGAGCUUCAUCACGCGGAUGUGGUGGUAGUUGCCAGUACAAAACCCGAUGACGUUCCUGUGAACGGGUGGAUAAAGCCUGGAACCACUGUUAUCAGUUGUUCUCAUGACUUGCUGUCAGAGAAACACAACUGUAGUCAGCAGAACAACCAUGCUGCUGAAAACACUGUUGGCUCUCUUGCAAUAGCAAUGCGAAUGCAGAACAUGGUAAAAAACACGGAGCGAUGGAUCCAGUCCCAGCAGCACAAGAAGUGGGGCCUCCGCUGCUUGAAACUGCAGCCCCUUUCCCCAGUGCCCAGUGAUAUUGAGAUUUCCCGAGCACAGAGUCCAAAAGCUGUUGAUGUACUUGCCAAGGAGAUAGGAUUGCUUACAGAUGAAAUUGAGAUCUAUGGCCAAACCAAAGCCAAAGUACGUUUGUCCCUGCUGGAAAGGUUAAAGGAUCAACCAGAUGGAAAAUAUGUUCUCGUUGCUGGAAUAACCCCUACACCCCUAGGAGAGGGGAAGAGCACAGUCACAAUUGGUCUUGUUCAGGCACUUACUGCACACCUUAACAUUAAUUCCUUUGCUUGUCUGAGACAACCUUCCCAAGGACCUACUUUUGGAGUUAAAGGUGGAGCAGCUGGUGGUGGAUAUGCUCAAGUGAUUCCCAUGGAGGAGUUCAAUCUUCAUUUGACUGGAGAUAUUCAUGCUAUAACUGCUGCAAAUAAUUUGCUGGCUGCUGCUAUUGAUGCUAGGAUCUUGCAUGAGAACACUCAGUCUGAUAAGGGUUUGUAUAAUAGACUGGUUCCAGUGGUUAAUGGCGCGAGAGGAUUUUCUGCUAUUCAGCUUGCCCGUCUGAGAAGGCUGGGAAUAAACAAGACUGAUCCUGGGACUUUAACGGAAGAGGAGAUCAGCAAAUUUGCACGCCUUGAUAUAGACCCAUCUACCAUAACAUGGCAAAGAGUGGUGGAUACAAAUGACAGAUUCCUGCGCAAAAUAACAGUUGGGCAGGCAAAUACAGAGAAAGGAUUUGUCCGUCAGGCUCGGUUUGAUAUUGCUGUUGCAAGUGAAAUUAUGGCCAUCCUGGCACUUACCACCAGCCUGCAAGACAUGAAGGAGAGGCUGGGGAAAAUGGUGGUGGCCAAUGACAAGAAAGGAGAACCAGUAACAGCAGAGGAUUUGGGAGUAACAGGUGCUUUGGCAGUUUUGAUGAAAGAUGCAAUUAAGCCCACACUAAUGCAGACAUUAGAGGGAACACCAGUAUUUGUUCACGCUGGGCCUUUUGCUAACAUUGCACAUGGAAAUUCUUCUGUUUUGGCAGAUAAAAUUGCCCUUAAAUUAGUUGGAGAGAAAGGAUUUGUAGUAACUGAAGCUGGCUUUGGUGCUGACAUUGGGAUGGAGAAAUUCUUCAACAUCAAAUGCAGAGCCUCUGGCUUGGUUCCCAGUGUGGUUGUACUUGUUGCUACAGUGAGGGCUUUGAAGAUGCAUGGAGGUGGGCCAAAU